AUGGAUAAAGAACAACUCAAGCUACACAUAUCAUCUAUUCAAUCUGAAAUCGAUAGAAUACAGGCACUUUUAUCAGAUUAUAUAGGAGAUAUUAUUACAGUGGAUCCAACAACCCAUGAACUUUUUAAAAAUUCCAAAGAAAUAAACGAAGUAGGAUUUUUAUUUAUUGCAACAUAUUAUGAAAAAGAAAUAAAAAAAUUAAACUCAAUUUAUAAUCAAGAAAUUUUAAAAACCGAAAAGAAAGUUGUUAAGGGUCGAAGAAGUUGUGAUAUAAAUGUACAUAAGUUAACAACAAGAAACAAUGCAAAAGAAAUUCUUUCUCAAUUGCUUACUCAUACUACUCUCUCUGAUGAUGAUCAAUUACUAUAUGAUGUUCUUCAUGAACUUCAAGAUAUUGAAUCGGGUUGGACUAAGGAACGUGUUAUGACUUAUGUGCGCAACUAUCACAAAAAAAAUAAUCAAAUAAGAACAUAA